AUUGGGGUUUGAAAUUUGAAUGAAUGGAUUAAUUAGUCGGUGGGUGGAAAGAAAAUCUACGAUAUCUUUCGAAUUCUGAUGCAAUUCAACCUUUGAACAGUGAUGGUGUUCGCAGUGGUAUGUUAUGUCAGCGACUAGAACAUUUGCCAAACACGCACGAAAGAUUCGAAACUAAUUACUUCCGAAAAAUGUCAAUAAAAAUGAAACGUCAAAGAACAGAUAGCAGAGUAAAAUGCUCAUUGCUCACGCAAAUGGAGAGGAAAUUUCAGCAAAACGAAUUCAUUCAUUGAAUGUGGACAUGUACCCUGGUUCAACGUCGGUAUAUGCGCGCGUCUCAUGUCUAUAUAUAUAGCAACAAACGUACCUCUUUGCCCCAAAGUACUAAACAGAACUACGGGAAGUUCCGGCUAUAUGGCAGAGCGAGAUCAUCAGGAAGAAGAAGCGGGAACGUUGAGGAAGAGGAACGCGGAGCUGGAGAGGGAGCUCCGGAAGAGCAUGGAGAGAGAGAAGGAGAUGAGGAAGGAGUUGCAGAAGGCGUGGGAGAGGCUGAGAGUGGCGGAGGAAGGGGAGGAGAGGCUCUCCUCUCAGCUCGGCGAGCUCGAGGCCGAGGCCGUGUUGGAGGCGCGCGCCUACCACGCUCGCAUCCUCUCCCUCACGGACCAGCUCUCCCACUCCCUCCACCAUGCACCAACACCCUCAUAAAUAGUUGGUUUUUUGUACAGAUCUUUGUUGUUUAUGGGUGUGAUUAUAUGUAUGUUUUAUGUUUGAUUGCUUCGAUCCAUACAAGGUUUGGAAUUUUUGUUCCGAUCUGUUCCUUCUUCUUCUUCCUUUCGUUUGUUGAUUUGUUCUUUGUUUGUUUCAAUUUCAUGAAGAAAAAAAGUGCUUCUUUAUGU